CAAAGAUGUGGCUUUUUCUUGGGAUCAUCUUUUCUCUCGGGGUGCUAAUUCCUGGAAAACUCAGCUUGAAAUUGCAGUAUGAUGGGGAUCAGGUUUUGCAUAUCGUGCCAGAAACUUUUCAGCAAGUCCAGCAUCUUCAGCAUCUUUGCAGCACUUUACUGCUGGAUUUGUGGAAGCCCCUGCUGCCCGAAGACAUCUGGGUUGGAGAAGACCUGCACAUAAGGGUACCAGCCGCUCUGGUGCAGGAGGUGAAAGACAGCUUAGAUCAGCCUACGGUCCCUUAUAAAGUCCUAAUACCUGAUGUGCAGGAACUUGUGGAUCAGAGCAUGCCAAGGGAGACGAGCAGCCACAGACAGGUCCCAGAAGGUUAUGUCUACACCCAAUAUCAUCCAAUGGAAGAGAUUUAUCAGUGGAUGACUCAGAUCCAGAAGAACAACAAUGAGCUGGUGACUCAGCACUACCUGGGGAAGACAAUCGAGAAUCGAACAAUAUAUUAUCUGCAGAUCAGUCAACCAUCAGAUAAAACCAAGAAGAUCAUUUGGAUGGACUGUGGGAUUCAUGCCAGAGAAUGGAUCUCUCCAGCCUUCUGCCAGUGGUUUGUGAAAGAAAUCCUUCAAAAUUACAAAUCUGACCCAAAGAUAAGCAGGUUUCUGCAGAAUUUGGACCUCUACGUCCUGCCAGUCCUCAAUAUUGAUGGGUACAUCUAUUCCUGGGAAAAGGAACGCUUGUGGAGGAAAAACCGUUCUCCGCAUAUGAAUGGCACCUGCUAUGGGACAGAUCUGAACCGAAACUUCAAUUCCUCCUGGGACAGUAUUGGUGUUUCUUAUAACUGCAGCAGUGAAACCUUCUGUGGAUCUGGACCAGAAUCAGAGCCUGAGACAAGAGCUGUGGCUCAGUUUAUUGACAAGAAGAAGAGUGACAUUUUGUGCUAUUUAACAAUUCACUCCUAUGGACAGUACAUCCUCACACCGUAUGGUUCCACAACCAAACCUCCAAGUAACAGUGAACAACUGAUGCAUGUUACAGAGAAAGCAGCUGCUGCCCUGAUGGGAAAAUAUGGGACCAGUUAUGAAGUAGGAUCAACCUCUUUAAUUUUAUACAGUAACUCAGGCUCCUCACGGGACUGGGCUCACAUGAUUGGCAUUCCUUUCUCCUACACAUUUGAACUGCGAGACAACGGUACUCAUGGAUUUGUUCUACCACCUCAGCAGAUCCAGCCCACAUGUGAGGAGACUAUGUUGGCUGUGAGAACUAUCAUAGACUAUGUUGAUCAGAAGUACUUCCCAGGUGGGGCUGUGAUGCUGACCUCCAGCAGCCUGGGCCUAAGCCUUUGCCUGAGUGUUGUACUUACAUGGACUCUUUCUUAA